AUGGACUUUACUACCUUCUCCAACAUCAUCGCUGGUAGCCCUCGUGGUUCUGACAUUACCACGUCGGGUACAAACCCUCUUAAUGAAGCCCCUCUUUGGCCUGCUCCUGUAGCCACAGUGGCCGAUGUCGAAGAUGCCGUGCGCGCUGCCAAAGAAGCAUUUCCUACGUGGUCCCAGAAGUCCUACAAGCAGCGGACAGAUCUGUUGGAGCGCUUUGCCGACCUCUAUCUUUCUCAUGCAAGCGGCUUCUGUCAAUUGCUUGCUACAGAAUGCGGAAGAUCUGCCGAGAAAGCAGCAAUCGAAGUGUAUUUUGCUUCACAAUGGCUGCGAUACCCAUCGAAAUACGAACUUCCUGAAGAAACUAUUCAAGACAAUGAGAAAAUAGCCGUCGUUACCCACGAGCCUCUGGGGGUGGUCGCAGCGAUCUGUCCUUGGAACUUUCCAUUGAUGCUUGCAAUCGGGAAAAUCGCACCAGCUCUAGCUACAGGAAACUGUGUUAUUCUUAAACCCUCUCCAUUUGCUCCGUACUCGUCGCUCAAAUUGGUAGAGCUGGCUCAGCAAGUGUUUCCCCAAUCAGUUCUACAAGUUCUUCACGGAGACAACGAACUUGGCCCUAUCCUGGUUAAGCAUUCUGAUAUUCGAAAGAUUUCAUUUACUGGCUCUACCGCUACAGGAAAGCAAAUUCUCAAAGAUGGCGCCGACACCAUGAAGCGCAUCACUCUUGAAACCGCCGGCAAUAACGCUUCCGUCGUUCUUCCUGAUGUUGAUCUCAAGACCAUUAUCCCUCAGAUCGCAGGAGGGCUAUGGUUCAACGCUGGACAAGUCUGUGCCGCCACACGUCGUCUGUACAUUCACCAAGACAUCUUUGACGAUGCCGUGGCUCAGCUCGAAGAGGUCACAGCGGAGGCAGCUAAGGACCUUAUCUCAGGUGUCGGCCCAAUUCAGAACCAGGCGCAGUAUGAGAAGCUCAAACAGGCACUGGCAGAUGCAAGACAAGCCGGCUGUACACUGCUAUCAUCGGGUCGGACGGAACCGGAGGAAGGAUUCUUUAUCCAGCCGACCAUCGUAAAGAGCCCACCACCAGAGGCUGACAUCGUUCAACAAGAAAACUUUGGUCCCAUCGUUUCGUGCAUCAAGUUCUCAUCCGUCGAUGAGGCUGUCUCCAUGGCCAAUAGCAGCAACAGUGGUCUAGCUGCUAGCGUGUGGAGCAAGGAUAUAUCUGCCGCAAAACAGGUGGCGUCUUCUCUCGAAGCUGGCAAUGUAUACAUUAACGGACCGCCCCGCCCUGAUCCUCAUGUGCCGUUUGGGGGUCAUAAGCAGAGUGGGCUGGGUGUUGAGUAUGGAAUGCAGGGUUUAUUAUCCUUCUGUCAGACAAAGUCUACGUACUUGUACAAGUAG